CUUCAGCCUUGGACACAGAACCCUGCAGUGCAUACAACUGGAUCACUUAAAGUGUGGCUGAAGUUUAUCUUGUUUUGGGGUUUCAAUGAUUAUGAUGCUGAACAUAGCUAUCAUCAGCUGGUUUUUGAUGAAUGUCAUGGUGAUGGCAUCACAUCCAAACCUGAGACGUAGUGAAAACUCCUUUGUUCUAUCUGACACUGACUUACUACCUGGAGUGGAACACUUUGAAAUAAACUCAGUAGAAGAAAAACUGCUAGAAGAGCUUGGAUCCUAUGAUGAGGAUCUGGGUAAAGCUGUACAGCUGCAGAGAAGAGGCACACGAUCCCCCAGCCGCUGCAUCCCUCAUCAGCAGUCCUGCUUGGGUCAUCACCUGCCCUGCUGCAACCCCUGUGAUACGUGUUACUGUCGUUUCUUUAAGGCCUUCUGCUACUGCCGUAGCAUGGAUCACACCUGCAAACAUGAGUAUGCAUAAAGCCCAUUUCUACACUGAAAUAACUAAUUGUGGCUUUACAUUUAAAGUUUUACAACUCUAGAAUGUAUAUGUGGAUAGUGUAAAUAUACAACCUCACACUAUCCACAGGGAAGUUUAUUACAAUAUAACUAAUAUAAUGGAUGAUAAUGUUUAAUAAUAAAGCUGCACAAAGCAUAAAGAGUG